AUGUCCACAAGCUCACAAACCAGUUUUGUAAACGGCAAUCAUAAACCAGUCUCGCUUACCAGUGACAACGAUAGGUUCUACUCAACGCAACAACAGCUCAAAGGUGGAGGGAGGGGAGACAUGGCGAUGAGCGUAAAAGAGGUUAGCUUCCACUGGACGACUUUACGAACAACGGUGGUGUCUCGGAGUAGAUGGGCGACGGAAGACGGUGGCUUUGAAGAUCGCACUCUCGCGGCUUCCUCCGAAGCCACUUUCUUUCCCUCCAAGAACAUCGGACCAUGCCCUAUAAAUAUAGUUCUCAUCGAGAAGAAGGCAUUGUCGUACCCAUGA